CUUGGCGUCACUGGGUAGGAGGGUCUGAAAGGCCUCACUGGGGUGACGUUUGCUGGGACCAGAAUGAUAAGAGGGAGCCAACCCUGCACGAGUCUGGGAGCAGUGUGUCAGAGAGAUGGCACCACUGGUCCUGAGUCUCACAGGCAGAAGUGAGUUUGGCCAGAGGAGGUUAGAAAUGUGACCAGUGCAGCUGGAGGGAGGCUGGGAGGAGAGAACAGGAGCUGGGGUGGAAGGUAGGGCCAGGGCCUGGUGGGCUGUGUCAGUUACCUUUCCCUCUCUGACUUCAUUGCCCUUAACCUUGCAUUUCAAAACUACAAAUGUUGACUAUCUCACAAUUUGUGUGGAUCAGCAAUCAGGCAUGUUUCAGCUUGGUGCCUCUGCCUCAGUGAGUUGAACAGUGCCAGCUGCAAAGCUCCAGCCGGUGGCAGAAACAGAGGAGUGGGCAGUGGUGGAGGUAGAGCUGGCUCCAGCUCCGUUGACAACACCCCCUCUAGCGCUGGCGCCAGCGUCCCCUCCACCAGCAGUGUUGGAGCUGGAGCAAGGGCCGACAUCGGCUGCAGCAGGAGUGGGAGCUGCUGAGCUGGACUCACUUGGACCAUCAUUUCUAGUGGGAAGUCCAUCUCCACCUGUGGCUAAGAAGCGUGAAAGAAGCUUAACCUCAAGGCCUUCCCUCCUAAGCUGGUGGUGGAGCAGUUGACCAUGAUGGAUGCGGAGCUCUUCCAGAAGGUGGUACCCUCUCAGUGUCUGGGCUCCACCUGGGGCAAGAGGAACAAGCCCGGCAAUGAGCACCUGGCACCCACCCUCCGGGCCAACGUCGACCACUUCAGAAGGAUUGCCAACCUCGUCACCACCACCUGCCUCGGGGACCCGAGCAUGAUGGCCCAGGACAGGGCUAGUGUGGUGGAGCGCUGGAUCCAGGUGGCCCAGGAGUGCGAGAUCCUGAAGAACUUCUCCUCGCCCUGCAAUGUCAUCUCUGCUCUGCAGAAAACAUCCAUAUGCCACCUGAAGAACACAUGGGAGAGAGCUCUGAAAAACUUAAGGAGCGCUAUAGCCAAGACGAGUCCUUGAGCAGAGAACUGAUGACCAAGUGGAUACCUGUCCCUCAAGAUCAGAAGUAAUGUCAGAUCACCGAUCCUCACCUUAAUUUCCUCCUACACCUAUCAAUCCUGGAUUCCAUGGACUGUGAUCUCAAUAAUUUCGUUGGAAUAAUAAAAAGUUCCUUACCAUUCAGUUAUGUUGUAAACCUCCAAACCCAGAAGAUCCCUAUUAUCUGCCAUGCCGCAGCUACUGCUGGUCUUAUAACAAGCUGAAGAAAAAGCACGAAACAUGAUCUUUUGGUACCACUGUAAAUACAAAACCAUCUGCAUCAACUGGGAAGCACCCAUAAUACCUGAAAAUUUUGUUCUCUUUUUUUGUGUUGGGUCAAUAACAAAAAGAAAAAUCAAUUAAAAAAUGGGCAAGGGACCAGAAUGGACUUUUUCCAAUGAAGACAUACAAGUGGCCAAUAGGUGUAUGAAAAGGUGUUUGGCAUCACUAAUCAGGGAAUGCAAAUCAAAACCACAAUGAGCUAUCACUUCACACCUGUUAAGAUGGCGAUUAUCAAAAAAACUAAAGGUGGCAAAUGUUGGUGAGGAUGUGGAGAAAAGAAACCCUUGUGGGAAUGUAAACUAGUACAGCCAUUAUGGAAAACAGUAUGGAGGUUCCUCCAAAAAUGAAAACUAGCAUAUGAUCCAGCAAUCCCACUUCUAGUAUAUACCCACAGGAAUUGAAAUCAGGGUCUUGAAGAGAUACCUGCACUCUAAUGUUCAUUGCAGCUAAUUUACAAUAGCCAAGACACGGAAGUAACCUAAAUGUCACUGAUGGAUGAAAGGAUAAAGAAAUGGAAUAUUAGUCAACCUUGAAAAAAGAAGCAAUUCCUGCCAUUUUUGACAACAUGGAUGGACCUGGAAGGCAUUAUGCUAAGUGAAAUAAGGCAGACAGAGAAAGGCAAAUACUCACUUAUAUGUGGAAUCUAAAAUAGUUAAACUCAUACAAGCAGAGGUUAGAAUGGUGGUUGCCAGGGGCUGGGAGGAUGGAGAAUUUGGGAGCUGAUGGUCAAAGGAUACAAAAUUUCAGUUAUCAAGAUAAAUAAGUUCUGGAGAUGUAGGCUACGGCAUAGUGCCUACGGGUAACAAGACUGUAAUGCAUACAUCACAUUUGCUAAUAGAGUAGAUAUUAAGAGUUCUUACCGCAGAAUAAUAGUAAUAAAGGAGGUGAAAGAAAACUUUGGGAAGUGAUGGAUAUGUUUGUGGCCUUGAUGGUGGUGACAGUCUCAAGGGUGUAUAGUUAUGUCCAAAUUCAU